AUGGAUGGGCAAGUCAGCGAUAAUAAAGAAAACAUCACUCUAAUCUGGUUCGAUCCCACGAUUGGCUCGCACGAAGACCAUGAACGAACAAAACAGCGACUUCGUGAAAUCAAUGAUUAUGUUGUGUUUCAUCUUGAACCGGACCAAUGCAUCGCAUAUAUUCAAACAAUUAGUAAAGAAAAGGUCUUUUUGGUUACUUCUGGCGCACAUGCAUUAGAAUUAUUAAAACAAGUGCAUGAAUUACCUCAAGUAGAUUCAAUAUUUGUCUUUUGCAUGAAGAAACCUAAAUACGAAUAUCUUCCCGACACGUAUCCGAAAAUUGUUGAUGUUUUUACAGAUCGUGCUUCGUUGUGUGCAUCGAUUCUGAAGCAAGUCAGUCUUCUGAAUAAGCAACUAGCAGCGUUCAGCUUCUUCGAUCAAAAUCAGCGAGCGAUUAAAGAUCUGUCAAAGCGAUCCGCCGAAUUUCUUUGGUUUAAACUCUUCAACGAUGUGAUUCUGCGUUUGCCUCACAGUUUAGAGGCUAAACAAGAAAUGAUCGAUGCAUGUCGUCAUUAUUAUCGUGGCAAUUUCAAAGAACAGACGCUGAUCGAUGAGUUUGAAAGAGAUUAUCAGCCCGAACAAGCAAUUAGAUGGUAUUCGAAACAGUCGUUCGUCUAUAAACUGAUCAAUAAAGCUUUGCGCAGUGAAGAUAUCGAUAAUCUACAUACAUUUCGUUACUUUAUCGGUGAUCUUUCGAAUAGUCUCAAGCGUGAACGUGACAAAUUUGAACAUUCAGGAGAGACUUCAUUAACUGUCUACCGUGGAGCGUACUUAACGAAGAAAGAUUUCGAUGAUAUCCGAGACAAUGAGGGAAAGCUCAUUUCUACAAACGGAUUUCUGUCCACAAGUCGAUCACGUGAACGAGCACUAAGAUUUGCUCAGCAGACUACGAAACGUACUGAUGUAGUGCCAGUACUCUAUGUUAUUCAAUGUCCAGUGCGAGAACUAGAUGAAAGCUUUGUCUUUGCCGAUAUUACGAAGUUGAGUGUGUAUCCUGUAGAACAAGAAGUGUUGUUUGAUCUCAGUGCUGCCUUUAAAAUUAAUAGUGUGCAGAAAGAUGGAGCAAUAUGGAUAAUAAACUUGACCGCAUCUAACGAAGCAUAUUCAAUCGUCAAAGAAUACUUACAGUUACAACGAAAAGAAAUACAAGAGAAAAGUGCAGCCAUAUUGCUUGGCAGAUUGAUGUGUAAUAUGGGUCAAUAUGAUAAAUCAUUGCAAUACUUUCGGAAAUUAUUAGCUGAUCCUAAUGGAGAAGACGUUGCAUGGAUUGAAUUCAACAUUGGUCGAGCUUUCGUUUGGAAAUGCGAUUGGCUUGCUGCAAGAGAGUGUUUCGAUAAGGUCUAUGCCCGAAUGAUGCAGAAUAGACCACCACGCGUUAAAGACUCGGCAGCUGUUCUUCGUAGCAUCGGCGUCACCUUGUAUAGACAAGGUGUAUAUGAUGAAGCUCUCAAGUAUUAUCGACAAGCACUUGCCAUACAGAAAGAAUUCUAUCCAGAUGGUCAUAGCGAUACGGCUUGGAUUCUCAACUGUAUAGGUUCUGUCUUUCGAGCUCAAAACAAAUAUGAUAAGGCUCUGAAGUAUUAUCAACGUGCGCUUUCAAUGCAAAAGAGAUUUUUGCCAUCCGAUCAUGUAGAUAUUGCCUGGAAUUUGAACAACAUCGGCUCUAUCUUCCAGGACCAAGAAAAGUAUGAAGAUGCACUAAACCAUCAUCAGUGUGCGCUCAACAUCCAACAAAAAAUAUAUCCUGAUGGCCAUGCCGGCACUGCUUAUAGUCUCGCCAGCAUUGCUGCUAUUAUUCUAGAGACGGAAGAUUACGAAAAAUCUCUUGAUCUUUAUCACCGAGCAUUUAAUAUGCAACUAAAGUUCUACUCGGCCGGGCACGUCGAUGUUGCUCGCAGUCUUCAUGGUAUUGGUCUUGUUUAUUUCCGACAACAGCAAUACGAUCGUGCUCGGGAAUAUUUCGAGAAGUCAUUGGAAAUGAGGGAACGGUUUUUACCAUCAGAUCAUUUGCAAAUUGCAGAAAGUCUUACGGCAAUCGGAAACACCGAUAAAGAGCUUCACGAUACAAAAGCAGCAUUAAAAGACUACGAACGUGCUUUGGCGAUCUAUAGAAAAACCGUUCCUCGGACACAUCCUGAUCGAGAAAAAACUGAAGAAUGCGUUCGUCGACUUCGCCGCAGCAAUUAA